AAGAUGGCGGCUUCCAGCGCUCCGGACCGCUCGUCGUGGCGUUGGAAAGCCGAACAGCGGCUCCUCCGCCCCGCCUAAACACGGGAGCAGGCAGCCGGGGCCGGGGUGGGACCAGCCGGGACCAGCCGCACAGCCGGAACGAGCAGCGGCCGCUCCGCCCCGCGUGAACCCGGGAGCAGGCGGCCGGAGGCGGGGAGGCGGAGAGCCGGAGAGCCGGGCCGAGCAGCGGCUCCUCCGCACCGUGUGAACCGGCAGCAGGCGGCCGGGACCGGGGCCGGGGCCGGGGCCGGGGCGGGCCAGCCGGAGAGCCGGGCCGGGGGCUCCAUGCCGCUGUGACGGGAGGGGGCGUCUGCCGUGAGGAUGGCCACCGACAACAGGAUCCACUUCUGGAGGAGGAACGCUAAGGUUCCCGGAAGCGUUCAGCUAGUUUACGGAGCGCAGCAUCCACCGCUCGACCCCCGACUGCGGCGCACGUACCCCAAAGAUUCCAAGCCUAAGGUCAACAAUCUGAAGACCAAGAAGGCCUCCAGCUUCCACGAGUUCGCCCGCAGCACGAAUGACGCCUGGGACAUCGACGAUGAAGAGGACGAAGAUUUCCUCAGGACCCCGACGCCCACACCAGGAAUACACUCCAACACACCAGGACACAACCAGCAGCAGCAGGCGGCUGACUCCGAGCCUGUGGAGUCGCCCGGACCUCCAGCAGGACCACAGGACCUCCAGGACGUCCAGGAGGAGGACGGAGAGGACUCCACCCUCAACGGCAAGGUGGUGAAGUCCAGCAGUGACGCGCAGCUCCAGGCGUCGUCGGUUCGCUCCACGCUGCAGAAGCAGCAGUCCCUUCCCGUUCGACAGCUCAUCCCGCUGGUGGCUCGCAUCUCGGACCAGAACGCGUCGGGCGCGCCGCCCAUGACGGUGCGGGAGAAGAGCCGCCUGGACAAAUUCAGGCAGCUGCUGGCCAGCCCCAACACGGACCUCGAGGAGCUGCGGAAGCACAGCUGGUCGGGCAUACCCAGAGAAGUGCGUCCCGUCACCUGGAGACUCCUCUCCGGUUACCUGCCUGCCAACAAGGAGCGCAGGGAGCUGGUGCUGAGCAGGAAGAGGGAGGAGUACUUCGGCUUCAUCGAGCAGUAUUACCACUCCAGAACAGACGAGCACUACAAAGACACGUACAGACAGAUCCACAUUGACAUUCCCAGAACCAACCCUCUGAUCCCCCUCUUCCAGCAGCCGGCUGUUCAAGAGGUGUUUGAGCGGAUCCUGUUCAUCUGGGCCAUCCGCCACCCGGCCAGCGGCUACGUCCAGGGAAUCAAUGAUCUGGUCACACCGUUCUUUGUCGUCUUCCUCUCCGAGUUUGUCACGGAGGACGUGGAGAACUUCGAGGUGGCGGCGCUGCCUCUGGACACCCAGAGGAACAUCGAGGCCGACAGCUUCUGGUGCAUGAGCAAGCUGCUGGACGGGAUACAGGACAACUACACCUUCGCCCAGCCGGGAAUCCAGAACAAAGUGAAAGCUCUGGAGGAGCUGGUCAGCAGGAUAGACGAGGACAUUCACAGUCAUUUCAAGCGGUACGAGGUGGAGUACCUGCAGUUUGCCUUCCGCUGGAUGAACAACCUGCUGAUGAGGGAGCUGCCGCUGCGCUGCACCAUCCGCCUCUGGGACACCUACCAGGCUGAAGCAGAGGGCUUCUCUCACUUCCACCUGUACGUCUGUGCUGCUUUCCUCAUCGAGUGGCGCAAAGAGAUCCUCUCCAUGGUGGACUUUCAGGGCCUCCUCAUGCUCCUGCAGAACCUUCCCACAAUCCACUGGGGCAACGAGGAAGUGGGUCUCCUGCUGGCUGAGGCCUACAGACUGAAGUACAUGUUUGCGGACGCGCCCAGCCACUACAAGAGAUAAAGCAGAAGCCUCAGGUCAGGGCGGAGGGGGCGGAGCCACGCCGCCGGAGCUCCUCCCACUGCGGGGGCUGGUCUCCGGGGGACGUGGAGACGGCGGUCCUGUCGGGCGAACGCCGGCGAGCCCGAGGCCGACGGCGCAGUGGCAGCUCUGCCGCCUGCCGGCUGCAGUCUGUCUUUUUACUGAAGGAUGAAAACUACAGAUUCUAUUUUUUUGCAGAUUUGUUUUAGUCGUUGCUUCACAGGGAGAAGAUUUUAAGUAGAAGCCAGAAGACUGCAGGACUUGGGUCCUUCCUUUCUCUUUUAAAAUGUGACGAGUCAAACACUGUCGAGCUGUCAGAUAUGAAGUGGACUUUCACCCUGUGGUUAGACCGCUGCAGGUAUAGAUUUAAAAGAAAAGAUUACAUCUUGAACCGUUUUCUUUAAAUUCACGUCCUGGACGUGACUUUCUUUUCCAAAAGCUUCACUAACUUUACUGACAGGAAGAAUUCUCUGGUGAACUUGUAAGAGCUGUGGAAGAUGGAACAGGUUGAGUAGCUGAAAAGCUCUGCAGCGGCCAGGCCGAGGCCAGCAGGGCAGCGUGAGAACCUCGGCUCUAGCACCAGUCCUGCUGCUCUCUGCUCGCCUUCCUCUCGCGGCCUGAUUUGCUUCUAGCAGGUGAGCCUCAUGGUCCUGGGCGGAGAGGAGGCUCCAGGACCUGCUGCUGAUCUGCUGCCUUCAUCCACACGGGGCAGCAGUGAGUCCAGGUUUUUACCCUCAACGCGAGGGCGGUACGAGUCAGGCUGAGAGAGCACAAGAUUUAAGACAGCUGGAGGACCGCCGGUCCUUUUACACAAAGCUAAGGCCGAAAGCACAACGAUAAAGACGGACUCAACACUGACUGAUGUAUAAACACCAGAACAGCGUUUUAAAAACAGCAUUCCAGGUCUAGAAAACACUACCCUCAAAAGGCCCUCAGCAGAGAGCAGACAGUCAGAGCUGCUCCUCUCCCUCAGCACGCCCCCUGGUGGUCUUCUGCCGACGGCUCUCCACCUCAGACCCUCAUCCAGACAGUUCAGUGGAGACACAAACUGCUCGGUUUGGACCAGGAAGUGUUGAUUUGGCCAGACCGGUGUGAGGGGGGUGUGUUGUGUGUUGUUUGGGGACUCGGACUCGUCAGUCGUUUCUCUGACUGUUGUGGUUCAGCGACGUGACAGGAAGCAGCUUAUUUCUUCUACAGUGUUUUAUUUUGUUCUGUUUGUAAUCUUCAGUUCCAGUGGCGUCCGUCAGACAGCUCAAGUCGGGAAGAUAAGACAAUCAGAAAGCUUCAGCGUUUCCUAUCUGACUCAUCGUCUGCUGCACUUUGUAACCUUUUAAAUAAUAAAUCAUGGCGUCUGGAUUUACUGCAUCUAAUUGAUAUUUUGUGUAAAUAUUGUCAGUGAACUUCUCAGCUUCAGGAAAGAUGUGCUCAAACAUGCAAACUUCAACACCUCUUCUCCUCUGACUCCUGAAGUCUCCAGACUGUUACUGCACGUCCCAAAUCCACUGAUCUGAAGCGUGUUGCUCAGAUUAUAGCUGGUGAAAUAGGAAAGAUUUUAGACUUUGGAGCUCCAUGUUUCACCCUCAGCUGCAUCAGAUCUUUCAGAUCUUCGAUUCAGAGACAGUUUUUUCACCUGAAAGAUGUACGUCGAUGUAAAAACUGAACAGUCUGUAUUCCUGGAUGCAUUGUGGAGCUUUACAAAAGUUUCAAUUUGAACUCUUGUUUUCUGUGACUGCAGAAGUUCCAUCAUGGGCAUUUCUGACUUCCUGUUUGAUUUAAGAGGAGUGUGUUGGUGUGAACGGGACUUUCCUGAUGUCCUGGAAAAGCAGCGUAGACAGAGAGGAACCUGAAGGGUCUCUCAGCUUCGAACUGAAGGGAACUGGGCAUGUUUGAGCAGCUCUUGUGUUUUAUAGACAGUAUCGACCUGCUGAUUGACGCUGCUCCUGGACUCUGUCAGCAUUUGAUGCUCUGAUCUCGUUCCAGAGGAAGAAACUUGACUGUGAUUGCUCGAGCUCGGUCGGCCACGUUGAAUGUCUCCAUAGCGUCCCUCCCCCUCAUCCAGGUGCUGAAUGUUGUCCUCUGUCCGUGCUGUGUUUGUGGACAGGCCGCCUGUCCUCAGAGAUGUGAUGUGACUCGUUCCAGGCUGUGAACAGUGUUGAAGUCUUGAAUGUGCCAACGGGCCAGUCGGAUCAGUUCCAGUGCUUCUGUCGUCCCAGCCGGCUUCAGCCUUCGGUGAACAACCUCUAAGUUAUUACAGAGCCUGCUGGGUGUUCACUUCUCAGUUUGUAAUAAAACUCAACUGUUUUUCUUCAUUUUUGCGUGUUGAGUGUUUUAUUUUGAAGUCUGACCUGAAAGAAAUGAUUACCUAAUCAACACUUCAACUCGAAAAUAAAUCUCCACAGAUGAUGCAGUUCCAAUGAAGACAUUGCGUUUUGAUCUGUA